UAGCGCAGCGCCUUCUGUUCUCCAGUGUGUUCUAUCAGAAGGCUCCAGACUGGGUGUUGCAUCUGCUGCAGUCAUGGCCAAGCGCAGGAUCACUCAGGACACCUUUGAUUCAGUGGUCAGAGAAAACAUUGACGAUUUUGACAUGGAGGAAAGUGAAGCUCUGAAAGAGGCCAUUGAACAGUUUGAAUCUCAGGGAGUGGAUCUCAGCAACAUUGUUAAAGCAGUGCCGAAAGUUUCUUCUGAAGAAAACACAGAGGAUCAAACCCAUGAGGUUUUGCAGGCUUUAGAGUCUCUGAAAAGCGCAGCGUCGUCUUCAUCCACAUCUGUGCUGGAUGAUCUGAGACUCUUCACCGAUCAGUGCAAUCUGGGCUUCGCUCAGAGAUACCUAGCCGCUCAGAAAGACGCAUAUCCCACAAUCCUCAGCUGCUGCCAGAGAUCCGCCGGAGAAAAGGAGGCUCUUUCUGUGGCUCUGGCCGCUCUCUGUGCGCUGACCGACGGCCAGCCAGAUCUGCUGGAUGAGGAGGGGAGGCUGUUUUUAAUCCGGGUUUUGACUGAGCACCAGCACCAGCAGGACGCGGGUCUGGUCUGUCUGUGUGUGCGUAUCGUGCGGAACUGCUGUCUAAAGCACGAAAACAACCGUCAGGAUCUGGUGAAGGCUGGAGUUCUCCCGCUGCUCACCGGCAGCAUCACACGGUACUCACAGCACCCCGAAGUCGUGCGGGACGCCUGUGUGGCGCUCAGGGUCAUGACCUUUGAUGAUGACGUGCGGGUGCCGUUUGGACACGCCCACGAACACGCCAAGAUGAUCGUGUUGGAGCAGAAUGGACUGAAAGUCAUGGUGGAAGCUGCUAAAGCUCAUCCUGAAAACACAUCAGUGCUCAGUGAACUCUGUGCCACUCUCUCGCGUCUGGCCGUGAGAAACGAGUUUUGUCAGGACAUCGUAGACCUCGGAGGCCUGAAAUUCAUGAUCACACUCCUGGCGGACGGUCUGGAUUGUCAGGAGCUGGUGAAGCAGGUGCUCAGCGCUUUAAAGGCCAUCGCAGGAAAUGAUGACGUCAAAGAUGCCAUUGUCAGUGCGGGCGGGGCGGAGCUUAUCGUCAUGGCGAUGAAUCGUCACAUGGCCAAUGCACAGGUGUGUGAGCAGGGUUGUGCAGCGCUGUGUGUUCUCGCUCUUCGCAAACCCAACAACUGUAAGGUGAUCAUGGAGAGUGGAGGAGCUCUGGCGGCUCUGCAAGCCAUGAAGACUCAUCCAGCUGAAGCAAACAUGCAGAAACAGUCCUGCAUGCUGCUGAGGAAUCUGGUGGCGCGUUCGCGUGACUUUAGCCAGCCCAUUCUGGAGAUGGGAGCGGAGGCGCUGAUCUCGCAGGCGCUGGCGGCCCACCGGGACUGUGGAGACGUGGGUCGAGCCGCACUCAGAGACCUCGGCUGCCAGGUGGAGCUGCGAGAGCUGUGGACGGGGACCAAAGGAAGCCUGAGUCACUGAAACACACACACACAUAGACACACACACAAACUCUCUGAUGGGGAAAAGUACAGGUGUAAAUGCCCUCCCAAACAUACACACGCAUACAAACAAAAUCACACACAUAUACAAAUAAGCACACACAAAUAUGCACAUAUAAAAACAUAUAUAUACACACACACACACACACACACAUCACAGCAUUGCAGGUCAGACUCUGUGUGUGAGAAUCGCAGGGUGACCACAUGUGCCAUUUUAAUAAUAAUAAUUCAUUUAUACAUAAAUGCUGCCUUUCUAGACACCUUACAGCAAACAUGCUUAAAAAAACAGUGAAUUUAAACAUCGCCAAACAUCAUUUCAAAUACAUCAAAGAUGAAACAGUUUAAAAUACAAACACACCUUAAACAAACUUCAAAAUAAGAUGAUAAAAAUAACCAUGAGAGUUUUUAUAUCACAGGCCAGGAUAUCUGUAUUGCUUAACAUAUCCAGCUGUUGCGUGUCAACUGAUCACUG